CACUGGCCAUCAAGCAAACCCUAGCCAUGGCCGAAACCACCACCGUGCCUCCGCCGCAGCGCCAGUCCGAGGAUCGGAAGGCUCUGCUGCUCGGCCGCUACGAUGUCGGCAGGCUUCUUGGGCAUGGCACCUUCGCCAAGGUCUACCUUGCCCGCAACGCCCGCACCGGCGAGAGCGUCGCCAUUAAGGUUCUCGAUAAGGAGAAGAUUCUAAAGAGUGGUCUCAUGGCUCACAUCAAGCGUGAGAUCGCCAUCCUCCGUCGCGUUCGGCACCCUAACAUCGUCCAGCUCCAUGAGGUCAUGGCCACCAAGGCUAAGAUCUACUUUGUCAUGGAGUUCGUCCGCGGCGGCGAGCUCUUUGCGCAUGUAGCCAAGGGUCGGCUUCGUGAGGACGUGGCGAGGAAGUAUUUCCAGCAAUUGAUCUCCGCUGUAGGCUUUUGCCAUGCCCGCGGUGUCUUCCAUCGGGAUCUCAAACCGGAGAAUCUGUUGCUCGAUGAGGAUGGUAAUCUCAAGGUCUCGGACUUCGGACUCUCUGCCGUCUCCGACCAAAUCCGGCAGGACGGGCUCUUCCACACGUUUUGCGGAACUCCGGCCUAUGUCGCGCCGGAGGUGCUCGCGCGUCGUGGGUAUGACGCUGCGAAGGCCGACAUCUGGUCCUGUGGCGUCGUUCUCUUCGUGCUUAUGGCCGGAUACCUUCCGUUCCACGACCAUAAUCUCAUGGCUAUGUACAGGAAAAUCUAUAAAGGUGAGUUCCGGUGUCCACGUUGGUUCUCACCAGAGCUCUCUCGCUUUCUUUCCCGGCUCCUUGAUACGAAUCCACAGACGAGAAUCACCAUCCCGGAGAUCAUGGAGAACCGCUGGUUCAAGAAGGGAUUCCGGCACGUCCGUUACUACAUCGAGAAUGACCGGUUCUACAGCUUCGAUGACAUUGAUACCCCACUGCCGCCAGAUGAGAAAUCAGAAUCUGAGUCUGAAUCAGAGGCAGAUACAUCUUCAUCGUCGACCUCCCAGAAGCGUGGAUUGGGUCUACCGAGACCUGCGAGUUUGAAUGCUUUCGAUAUUAUAUCCUUCUCUCCUGGAUUCGAUCUUUCCGGUUUGUUUGAGGAGAGAGGAGAAGAGACAAGGUUUCUCUCCGGCGAACCAGUUUCAAAGAUCAUAUCAAAAUUGGAGGACAUUGCAAAAGUUGUGAGUUUUACAGUGAGGAAGAAGGAUUGCAGUGUGAGUCUGGAAGGGACCAGGGAGGGAGAGAAGGGCCCAUUGUCCAUUGCAGCAGAGAUAUUUGAGAUAACUCCAGAGCUUGUCAUGGUAGAGGUGAAGAAGAAGGGUGGGGAUAAAAGCGAGUAUGAUGAGUUCUGCAAGCGGGAGCUGAAGCCUGGGUUGCAGAACCUCACUUACACGCCACGGCAUGCAAUUGUUGAAUCUGACACUGAGUAGGAAGAAGGGGGUAAUUCUCUUCCUCUUUUUCUUAUACUUGUCUUUUGAACACACAUGAUUUCCUUUUUCCACUGUUUAUAACCAAUAUAUGUUUUUUGUUGUUGUAAGAAUGCUUGUACAUGAAUUUCCAGACAAUAUAAUUUUGAAUAAAUUUCAGAAUUAAACUGCCCAAGCCCCUUAAUGGUUUGGAAGGUAGUUCUUUUUAUGUUUA